GCUCACUCUUAUGGAUUCUUCUUCUCUUUUUUAGUGAGUGAAUUUGGUUUACAGAUAUUUCCCGAGUUUUGCAAGCUUCUUCCAUGGCGAAUCUUCCCACCGUUCUCGUGACCGGAGCCAGUGGCAGAACAGGCCAGAUUGUGUACAAGAAGCUGAAGGAGAGGUCAGACAAGUUUGUGGCAAAGGGGUUAGUCAGAACUCCCGAAGGAAAAGAGAAAAUUGGAGGAGAAGCUGAUGUUUUCAUUGGGGAUAUAACAGAUGCUGAUAGCAUUAAACCUGCAGUUCAAGGGAUCGAUGCGCUUGUAAUUCUCACCAGCGCUGUGCCCAAGAUGAAACCUGGUUUUGAUCCCACAAAAGGUGGAAGACCCGAGUUCAUGUUCGAUGAAGGACAAUACCCUGAACAGGUUGAUUGGCUUGGCCAGAAGAACCAAAUAGAUGCUGCCAAGGUUGCUGGUGUUAAGCAUAUUGUCGUGGUUGGCUCCAUGGGUGGAACAAAUCCGGAUCAUCCUUUGAACAAACUUGGAAAUGGGAACAUACUGGUUUGGAAGAGAAAAGCUGAACAAUACCUUGCUGAUUCUGGAACUCCUUACACAAUAAUCAGAGCUGGAGGACUUCUAGAUAAGGAAGGCGGCGUAAGAGAGCUGUUAGUUGGCAAAGAUGAUGAGCUUCUUCAAACAGACACAAAAACCGUCCCUAGGGCUGAUGUUGCAGAAGUCUGCAUUCAGGCAUUGCUGUUCGAGGAAGCUAAGCUCAAAGCUUUCGAUCUCGGCUCAAAAGCAGAAGGAACCAGUGCUCCCACCAAAGACUUUAAGGCUCUCUUCUCUCAAGUCACCUCUCGUUUUUAGUCUCUAUCGUUGUUGCGAAAUAAUUCAUCAUCUGGGAUGUAAUGUAAUGUACUAAAACUUUAUUGAAAUAAAAUCCCCGUGUUUGUGAUGAAAAAGAGUCCAUGAUGUUAGGCUC